AUGGCAGACGCCGAAGAACCUGAAAACGUGGAAACCACUCCAGCCAACGAUGUGGUUGUCACUAAAUAUAAAAUGGCCGGAGAUAUGGUUAAUGGCAUAUUGAAAGAAUUGAUUUCUAAAUGUAAAGAAGGAGUCACAGCUUUGGAGCUUUGUGAAUAUGGGGAUAACCGCCUUAAUGAGGAAACAUCAAAAGUCUUCAAGAAAGAUAAGGAAAUGAAGAAAGGUAUUGCAUUUCCAACCUGUGUGUCCGUCAACAACUGCAUUUGCCAUUUUUCACCCCUCAAGUCAGACCCCGAGGUUGUUCUGAAAGAUGGAGAUGUUGUUAAAAUUGACCUGGGGGCCCAUGUUGACGGUUAUAUUGCUGUUGUAGCCCACACAACUGUUGUUGGAGCAACAAAGGACAACCCAAUUACAGGAAGGAGAGCUGAUGUGGUGGUGGCAGCCCAGAAAGCCCUUGAGGUGGCGCUGCGGCUUGUGAAGCCUGGAAAUACUAACUACGCAGUGACAGAUGGUAUUCAGAAGGUCACAGAGGACUUCAAAUGCAAGCCGAUUGAGGGCAUGUUGUCACACCAACUGAAGAGGCAUAUCAUUGAUGGGGAAAAGGCUUUUAUACAGAACCCUUCUGAGGCUCAGAGGAAAGAACAUGAAUCGUGUGAGUUUGAGGUCCAUGAAGUAUAUGCUAUAGAUAUACUUGUCAGUUCUGGGGACGGUAAGGGUAGAGAGCUGGACACACGGACAACAGUCUACAAGAAGAAAGACAUCGUUUAUCAGCUGAAGAUGAAAGCAUCCAGACAAUUUUUGAGUGAAACAGACAAGAAAUUUUCACUGAUGCCUUUUACACUACGGGCGUUUGAGGACGAGAAGAAAGCAAAAAUGGGAGUUUUGGAAUGUGUCAAACACGACCUUAUGCAGCCUUUCAAUGUUCUUUAUGAGAGGGAGGGAGAGUUUGUAGCCCAGUACAAGCAGACGGUCAUCCUAAUGCCUAAUGGGCCGUUGAAGAUCACUGGUCUACCUCUGGAGGAAGAUAUUUACAAGACUGAGCUGUCUGUUACCAACCCUAACUCUGUGAUUGCUUGA